CUUUGAGCAACUUUGGGCAAAUUUAAUUUGACCGUUCCUGCCAAGGUGUUAUGGAAUUUUAGGUGUUCCUGACUUCCUUUAGGUGUUCCAUUGCGGGAUCAGCCAUUUUAGUCAUACGCUCUCAGUUGAGAUUUAUCAUCGAUUCACAUGGUGUUGCUGUGAAAUGGGUGCCAGCAUUUGCUCCGAUUUGGAACAUGGGUCUGUUUUUGGCAUGCCUAGUUGCACAGUUUUAUGGGAUGGAACUCGUGAAACAGGAUCAAAGAGAGGUUUAAUUGUUAAGGAAGAUGAGGUAACUGCAGGUGCCUUCUUUAUGGUGAUUUGUUUGACUAGAUCCAGUUUAGGGAACAUCAGAGCUGGAUAUAAAGAUGCCGCGUUAGAUGUUGAGUGUUUGUUUUUUGUACAACCAGGUAUUGUUCCCUUUUGAAGCAGCCUGAUCGGAUCUCUUAGCGGGGUGCUUCUUUUUGCAGUUAGUGUUUAUAGCCUCGUCCUUAUGAUGUUCCUUUACUGGAGGAAAAGGGGAGCUUAUGAGCUGGAGACACUCCCAUCGUCUUUGACAGAGCUGGGGGCAGAACGGUACUCCUGGUCGUCCCCUCUGGAUGUCAUCCAUGAUGUUUAUGAUGAGAAGUCUUCUCAGGAUGAAGAGUGUGUGCUUUGUCAGCAUCCAGACUGUCCAGAGCGCAGACACGCAUCUAAGGUUUGCCAUCACCCCGACUGUCAGGAGCUGAACAGUAAAAGCCCUCUGCACCUGUGCGAGUCAUGUGAUUCUCGCUGUCACCUGGAUGAGUCUGACAGCAUGCACUUUGACAGACAUCCCCGCUUCGACGUACAGCCACAAGGUUCUAUCCUGGCACGAAAUGUGUCGACACGUUCCUGUCCUCCUCGCACGAGCCCUCCUUCAGACCUAGAGGAGGACGAAGAAGCAAGCACUGAACGAGGAGAGCGUAAGACAGGAGGCAUGAAGCUAAAAGCAAGAGACGGAAAGAAGCCCCGACGUCGCCACACUGAUGACCCGAGGAAGGAGUGCUUCAGUCUCAAGUUUGACCUCAACAUUGACAUUGACACAGAGAUCGUCCCCGCAGUCAAGAAGAAGACACUACGAGAGGUGCUUGGGCCCAUUUUUGAGCGGAAAGGCAUUGAAUUGUCCCGAGUUGAUUUGUUCCUGGAUCAGUCCAACACUCCGCUGUCACUCCACUUCGAGGCAUAUCGUUUUGGGGGACAUGAUCUCAAAGUGAAAGCUCGACCUGGUGAUGAGCUGAAGGUGGAACAGAGUGUGAAGGAUCUGCGCUCGCUCAGUCUGCCCAACAUCAAGCCGUCAGUAGGGGGCAGCGUCUACAUCCUCACGCCGGCCACUGACAAACCAGAGCACAGUUCACUGCCCCGCAGAGACAGCGUCGACAUACUGGGUCAGGCCCGUCGGAGGAAGAACAUGACGGAGUUUCUGGGUGAUGCCAACAUCCCGUCUCCCGACACUCUGGCCCUGCUGGGCGGCUCUCUGCCCACUGGGGCUCCUGGAGGAUCACUGGCUGCGGGUUCCGACAACUGGAAGAACCGUGCCACCAACCGCUUUAGUGUCUUCUUCGGCGCCGGAGCAGGAAAGGAGGUGGACCGGGUGGAGCUGCUCCACACUAAGCUGCAGGCCUACAGUCAGUUCGGUCUGCCGAAGGUUCCUCCUCAGCUGGCCUUUCACCAGGACUCCUGGGAGGAGGAAGAGGAAGAGCCCAACCUGACCCUGGAGGACAGCUGGAGGACACUUCUGGAGGACCCCGAGAGUUUAAGCAGACGCCAGUUCCAACAGCAGGAGGCGAUAUGGGAGUUGAUACAAACUGAGGCUACGUACAUCAAGAAACUCAGGGUCAUCACUGAUCUGUUCCUGUGUGGCCUACUGAAUCUGCAGGAUAACAGUCUUCUGGGUGAAGUAGAGCCCGCUCGGCUUUUCAGCAACAUCCAGGACAUUGUGCGUCUGCACUGCACGCUGUGGGUUCAGGUCAUGUUUCCAGCGCUGGAGAAAGCGCGAGGGUCUCGGAGCUUUAUUGACCCCACAGACCUGCAGGAGGGCUUCAGUACGUUUGCGUCCCGGUUUCAGCCGUAUAUCCGGUACUGUAUGGAGGAGGAGAGCUGUAUGGAGUACAUGCGUUCACUGCUCAGAGACAACGAGCUCUUCAAGAUCUACAUCACGUGGGCAGAAACAAAUAAACAGUGUAACCGUCUGAAGCUAGCAGACAUGUUAGUCAAACCGCACCAGAGACUCACUAAGUACCCCCUGCUCCUGAAGACCAUCCUGAAGAAAACUGAAGAUCAGACAUCCAGAGAUGCUCUCAACAACAUGGUGGCGUGUGUGGAGGGCUUCAUCAAUGGUGUGGACUCUCAGAUGCGCCAGCGACAGGAGCAGCAGAAACUGGCCGCCACUUCAGCUCGAGUCGAGUCAUAUGAGGCCGUGGAGGGAGCCAGUGAAGAGGUGGAGAAGGCUCUAAAGGAGUUCAGCCGAAUUGACCUGACCGCUCCGAUGAUUGGCACGUCACCGGAAGAGACCCGGCAGCUGCACCUAGAGGGGGCGCUGCGCAUGAAAGAGGGCAAAGACAGCAGGAUGGAUGCUUACUGCUUCUUAUUCACUGAUCUGCUGCUGAUCACUAAACCAGUGAAGCGACUGGAGAAGGUGAAGGUGGUCCGGCAGCCGCUCCUCUUGCAUAAUGUGGUGUGCCGAGAGCUCAAAGACCCAGGCUCAUUCGUUCUCAUCUACCUCAAUGAGUUCAAGAGCGCUGUGGCUGCUUACACUUUCCAGGCCAACAGCGCCGCCCAGGGGAAAAGCUGGACUGAUGCAAUAUGCAAUGUGCAGAAUCAGCUGCAGCGUCUGCGGUCAGAGGAAACCCGCAGACAGAAGGCUUGUCUAAAGAAAAGACUACUGGACAAUCAGGAGGACGAGGACAGCUGUAACUCUACUAACAGCUCACCUCACCUUAGACACAAAGAUCAGAGCAACAGCCAAUCAGAUGGCUCCACCGAAACCCUGUCAGUAAUGGAUAUGGAUGAAUCCGGCUCAUCUUUGGAUCCUUCUGUUCUCCAGUCUGACCUGGGUGGACAUUCAGACCCCGACUCUGCCAUCUCACAGCCGAACCCAGAGCUGGAGCCCCAUCCAGACAGUCAGGACGCCUCAGACCUGGACCCUCAGUACUGCUCCAUGGACAGCGCCUACGGGACGCUUUCACCCCAAUCCAUGCUAGAAACACAAAACCCAGCAGCUUCAGUACAAGAAGAAGAAGAGGAGGAAGAUGAAGAGUCAACAGAGACCACAGGAGAUGAAGGGGAAGAUGAUGAGGAAGAUAAAAGCUCAGUGGGAUCUCAAAACUCAGUCACACUUUCAUUUAAACCCAGACGUCGAGCGCCAGUUCAGUGCCGUCUGCCCUUUUUGGAGAGACUCGUAGGUAAAUCCCGAUCCGAGGACAACCUGCUAUCCACGGUUCACCAGGAUAUUCCCAAGAAAUCAAAAAGUCGGCACACCUGGGAGCAGAGGGUUAAAUAUACUGAACCUCCCCUCAGCCGGAGCCUGACGGAGCUCAAAGCAACAAAAUCAGACGAGUCUCUGCCCACAGAGGAGAGUCACAGACUAACCUGCAGUUUGCCCUCUGCUGUGCUUAAGGACACUUUAAAACGGGCUAAAAUGGCCAGUGAGACUGGCAGUGGUCAGCUUCCCAACAGUAGCGCGUCAGACGGGGAACUGUCGCCCCCUACUGGUGUAGAGGGAACCGGGAACCGCCGUCAGAAAACACAGCAGCACAAGAAGCUCACGCUGGCACAGCUUUAUAAGAUACGAACCACACUGGUGCUUAACUCCACGCUCACUGCAUCAGAAGUGUAGCAUCCCUCCACCACAGAUGUUGAGCAGUUCUGAGUUCUGCAGGACACAAAUGCACUCUUUCCUCUUCUCCCUUCCCUCUUCCAGCUGGACAGAUCCCUUUCCUAAAGCAGAGGACUGCCGACUCUUCAACUCUUGCACUUUGUAAAAUACAACAAACUUCACGAGAGGACAUCCAGUUAUCAGAGAAUGCGAGGACAUGCGAGCAAAUAAUCAAACAACAAGUUUAAUCAGAGCCCUUCCUGUGGGACGCUUAAGGCCACAUGACAGCAUCAAAUGAAAAGAAAACAACACUCUCUUGCUUAUUUCUGUUUUCCGACAACACUGUCAAAACAUUAGUUGACUUAUAAAAAAUAAAUAGUAAUUUCGUUAAAGGAACACUCUUUAAUAAGCCUAUUUUACAACUCCCCUAGAUUUAAACAGUUGAGUUUUACAAUGUAUAUAUAUAU